AUGCCGAGCUUAAAAGUGUCGAGCAGGAGGAGGAAGAAAGAAGCCGAAGAGCAUUAUUGGCGUAGAAAUGCAAGAGGAAAACGGGCGAGACAAGAUUCACGGUUUGAGAGCCAGCAAUGCCCUAAGUUGCGGUUUCGAGGACGUCUUUUCCCAGGCAAUCUAGCUGCAGUGACUAUCGAGUGGUUAUCAGGAUCGAGUCUCUAA